AUAUUUAUAGAUUGUUACUGUCAGAGAAUCGUAUAAUUUGUGUUCCGUGUGUAACCCCCUGGGUCGCCUCAGGCUGGCUCAGCUCGUUCUUGUCUAGGGGAACAGCCUUUGGACCCGCCAAACUGGGUAAUCAGCUGGUGUGGAUGCUGUGUGAUGUCCCCGCCUCGCCCAAAAACAGACAGUACACCAUAUGCGAUUAAAUGAGCACAAUUUAUAAAGGUUACUAUAACUGUGAUUAAUAAUGAUACAGUAUAUAUGGAGAAAAUUAAAGAAAAGGCGCCAAACAUCAAAGUCCAAACCACUUCAUGCACAGCCGUUUGAGCUCAAUUUCUGAAGUCUUCUGGCCACCAUUCGAUCGCCUCCGAACUCCUCGACUCGCAGCUCAGGACCCUCCGAACUCCUCGACUCUCCAAACAGCUCAGGACCCUCCGAGUGGUCAACCAAGCACAUUUAGCUUCAUCCCCCCCUCCUCGGAGAAUCUCCCGGCCUCGGACCCCCCUUUGGGGUCCGAUCCUCGCCCAGCUUAGAGCAUUGCGUCCUCUCUCUCGACCCCCUCGCGCCGAUCUACCCAAAAGCCCGUCAACAAAAGCUUACAGACUCAGAAGAAAGAACAUUAAUCCCCAUUUGGUUUACAAAGGAAUACCAUUCUCGUUAUCAGUAAAUUAGCAUUCCUGCUAGUUAACAAAAGGAAACCCUUUCCCAACAGUAACAAAGAAAAAAAAGAAACCCCCUUUACACACUUCCUCCACCAAAUAAAAGUCAUGUCCUCAUGACUACUAAAUAACUCGCCACCUUUCCUGCCAACACACGGUAACCCAAGCACAAACAGUGACAUCUCCUCCCCACACAGUAACCCUCAUGCCCUGUUCCUCAGGCGCUACUUAGGCCAACUAUCUGGGAGUUCCCUAACCCUUCUGAGGCCUCCGUACCCCCUCACCUAAACCCUUCAGGCUCGGACACAACUGGGGAUACCUUGGACCCACUACCAACUCCUCUCACAACCUCUCACUCAUGCCCCACACUGCACACCAGCAGGAUAUUGGUUCUCUCUCGAACAGAAACGCUGCCCGUCUCAACAGGGUCCGGACACAUCAGCAUUAACGAUUCAUGAACCUCAGUCUCCUCCACAUUUGCCUCCAAGAACUCCAUUUUCACUGACCAACAACCGUCGUCUGGAUAAUCACCUGCACUGGUACCCCGAAUCUCCAGUGUCCUCAAUGUCGUCAAGGGUAAAUAACGGUUAUGAAACAAACUGUACAGCAACUUAACCGGCGCCCCGGUGCCGAGGAUGGCUUUAACUUGACUUCCAUCCAUCCGUAACAACACUUGUGCGCGUGGCCCCUCUAAGCCUUCAGGGAUAGAGUCUGUUCCUUUCGGGAGUUCCUUGGUACAUUGCUGGGAACGUGCUCCCCCAGAGACCCCAAGCCAUUCCCCCACUGGGCCUCCUCUAAGUUUCCCGACACCUCUCGAAUCAACGGAACAACUGAUCCCCUAGACAGAUCCCCUCGGCACCACAAGCAAUUUAUCUGCCCCCCCUAGGCAAAAAGGGAUACCCUAAAAACUUCCCACCAAUCUCCUGCCACGGAUAUGAUAAGCCCCCCCAGCUGCGGCGUUUGACUUCCAGUCGAACCACACGCAUUUUCCCACACUUUCCCAGAACUGGCAGCGGUCACUUCGAGGUAAUUGCGCCCGACAGUUCUAACAAAGUCACCAGCCCGCCUACUCAAACUUUCAACCCGUCCCUGUCGCUUUCCCUCAACCAAGCACUGCCACUCACCCAACAAAUGAGGGGUCCGCUCCGCCCACGCCUCCGUCCCUUUAGGGCAGGACGUUAUUCCAACAACCGGGCGGAGCCCACCACUGCUGAAACAUCCCAACCUGUCACUCCUCACUCUCCAAACAGUACGGACAGCCCAUGGUUCCACCACCAUUUCGUCAGCAGUAGUCGGAACUCGAACAACGACCUCCAGGCUACCAACAGCAACCACCCCACCCAACACACACACAGCGAUAACCAGCAAUCGCACACCCACAAAGGCACACCAGCUCUUCGCCGCAGACACAAUUUAAAGAGGGUGAUCACACAGCUUCCACAGAAAUCAACCCCGGACUAGCACCCCACAAUGUAACCCCCUGGGUCGCCUCAGGCUGGCUCAGCUCGUUCUUGUCUAGGGGGAGCAGCCUUCGGCCCCGCCAAACUGGGUAAUCAGCUGGUGUGGAUGCUGUGUGAUGUCCCCGCCUCGCCCAAAAACAGACAGUACACCAUAUGCGAUUAAAUGAGUACAAUUUAUAAAGGUUACUAUAACUAAGUGAUUAAUAACGAUACAGUAUAUAUGAAGAGAAAAUUAAAGAAAAGGCGCCAAACAACAAAGUCCAAACCACUUCGUGCACAGCCGUUGGAGCUCAAUUUCUGAAGUCUUCUGGCAACCAUUCGAUCCCCUCCGAACUCCUCGACUCGCAGCUCAGGACCCUCCGAACUCCUCGACUCUCCAAACAGCUCAGGACCCUCCGAGUGGUCAACCAAGCACAUCUAGCUUCAUCCCCCCCCCCUCCUCGGAGAAUCUCCCGGCCUCGGACCCCCCUUUGGGGUCCGAUCCUCGCCCAGCUUACAGCAUUGCGUCCUCUCUCUCGACCACCUCGCGCCGAUCUGCCCAAAAGCCCGUCAACAAAAGCUUACAGACUCAGAAGAAAGAAAAUUAAUCCCCAUUUGGUUUACAAAGGAAAACCAUUCUCGUUAUCAGUAAAUUAGCAUUCCUGCUAGUUAACAAAAGGAAACCCUUUCCCAACAGUAACAAAGAAAGAAAAGAAACCCCCUUUACACGUGUGUUAUCUGAACGUACUUGCCUGUGAUGCUGCCACAAGUCAGUGUUUCUCUGUACUGUACCUAUACCUUCCCGUACUUGUGUCCUUGGCAACAAAUUCAACAGGACCUGAGAAAUCUCGGUGAGAUUUGAUUAGUAAUGAUCAUCUUGGCAGCUAGGCAGGUCGAAGGUAUGAGACAGUACACUAUUAAAUGCAAAACCCUGAACAGUGUUAAUGAUCAGAGGGAUCUUAGACUCCAAUUUCAUCGCUUCAUGAAAGAGACUGCACAGAUUGAUCGGGUGGUUAAGAAGGCAAAUGGCAUGGUUGUCUUCGUUAGCUGAAGCACUGAGUUCAAAAGUCAGGAUGUUGUGUUGCAGUCGUUACGAGCCUGCGGUCGUACUGUGACUGUUACUUUAAGAGUGCCGGAGUGAGGAGGCGGGACUAUGACGUCGGUCACAGGCUGCCGGCGCUAACUGUGCUCUUAACCGUAAGAGAGAGAGCGAUCUGCAGACUGGAGGUCAGCCAGUCUAAAGAAAGAAAGAGACUGGAGAAGCUGACAGCUUCAGUUUGUCGCAGCUGAGGCUUGGAACUCUCCAAUGCCCACAAGAGUGGGUUGAUCAUCGGUUCACGGAACCACAACGAAUGUCUGUGGCUGUCACUUCGUAUAAUCCAUAGGAGUGGAUUUUGGAAUAACUUGGGGUACCGCUUGAGUUAACCUUUGUCUGGGUAUGUUGUGUGGAAGACGGUAUUCCUGUGACAGGUGACUUUCGCUGACAACUCGCAUGUGGACGGUUUCAACGGAUAAGAAAUUCGACGACGGUUAUUUUGAUGUAACGGCCUUUCCUCUACGUUUCACCCUGGAUUACAAAUAUCUCUCUCCCAUCAUUUAUUCCGUGGAUUCCUGAACUUUCCUACUUUACCACCUCAAGACUCGUAAGCUUUGUUCCCUCAGGCUCGAUAGUUUGGGAGUUAUAUUUACACAUAUAUACACAAAACAUUGCCAACUUUCCUUUAUUUUGGUAAGUUACUAUAUUGUAAGUAGAUACUAAUAAAGAAGUAGUUUUAACAUCAAGACCAGAUUCCAGUGUGAACACUGAUGCUGCUGGUUCGUUUGUAAAACAUUACAGUUUGUAAUGCAGUUUUAUAAAACUAGUUAGAACACAUCUGGAGUGUUUCACAGUUCUGGCCGCCCCAUUCUCGGAAGGAUGUCAGCGGUUUGGAGAGGGUGCAUAAGAGGUUUACCGGGAUAUUGUCUGGACUAGAGGGCAUGAGCUAUAACGAGAUGUUGGACAAACUUGUGUUGUCCCGAGCGGUGCAGGCUGGGGUGAGAGUGGAUAGACGUUUAGAAGAUUACGAGAGGAAUAGAUAGAGUGGGCAGACGAUAUAUUUUUCCUGGGCGUUGAAAUGUCUAAUACAUUUAAGGUGAGGAGAUCUGAGCGGCAAGUCUGUUUCUUUACAGAGUGGUGGGUAGCUGCAGUCUCUGGGGUGGGAUACCCCAUCGGUCACGUGAUCCCGAUUGCCUCUCACAUUUAACCCCAGAUGGGCAGCAUCUGCGCGUCUGUUUCCGAAGCCCUGCCCUCCGGAUGAUGCAUCAAUCACUUCGCGCAGGCUCACUGUAUCCGGGUGGGCAGUGUCUACAUUUCCGCUCAGUGCUGAAGAAGACGUCUGCGGGAUCGGCAAAGGGUUAGGGAGCCGGGGGUCGGGGUCACUGUCUGCGAGCCAGAAAAUCACUUUCCCAGUGUUAUCCGGGCUCAUUAAAAAUGAGCAGAGUUCACUGAAUCUGCAUUGAACGAUCCAAACUUUGAGUCCAGGCUGUUCAUUCCACACAAUUGAAAUACCUGCGGUGGGAGAUUUAUUGGAAGAAAAACCCACAACUGAGAAGCAAACCAGAACUGAAGACGAGGGAACAGCAACAAGUGAACCUGCCCGAGAAUUUAGAGCAUCAACUGGAGAGAAUCCUUCUGACUCAGGGUUUCCAGUGAUUCAAUCAGAGAGGGCCCACCAGUGGCUGAAGAUCAGAGGGACAAUGUAGAGCAUUCGGCUUUUUGGUUCUUUCACUGUGACAUCUCCGAACUCUGCAUUAGCUCCAUUCAGCCAAAUCUGGACGAACUUUAACGACCAACAAAUAUAAUUCCUCUCAGCGAUCAGCUCUCUGAAUGAUUCACUCACUUUUAGCGGAAGGGAUACCUACACUGUCGGGGUGUUUAGAUUGCCGGGAGGCGAGGACAGCAGCAACGAGAGGUCUUCUUUUAACUGAUACAAACCUGUCUUUACCCUGUCUCAGACAUCCCUUGGGCAUCCCCACUGCACAUGGCGCCCAAGUCUGAAACAGGAUGGAGAGACUACAGAAGGUUCAGCGACGCCACAAACACCGAUAGAUACCCGGUACCCCACUUCCAGGACUACAUGGUGAACUUGCACCAUCUUAUCAAAAAUCGACCUGGUCAGGGGAUAUCGUCACAUCUCAGUGCACCCCAACAACGUGUCCAAGGCAGCCUUCAUCACCCCGUUCGGCUAGUUCGAAUUCCUGAGGAUGCCUUUCGGUCUCAAGAAUGCAACCCAAACUUUCUAAAUGCUCAUAGACUCAGAGGGACGCGGCCUGGAUUUUGUUUUCAUUUAAUUGGACGAUACCCUGGUGGCCAGCAGAUCGCACCAAGAGCAUGUGGCUCAUUUGCACCAGCUCUGCCAACGCCUGAGCGACCACGCACUGGCAAUCAAUCUGGCGAAGUGCCAAUUCAGGCUGAUGGAGAUCGACUUAUUGGGCCACAGAGUCAACCGGCGUGGCGCAGUUCCCCUACUGGUCAGACCAUCCGUCAGUUCCCCAAGCCCAGCACAGUCAAGGGCCUGCAGGAGAUCCUAAGGAUGGUCCACUUUUAUCAUCGGUUCGUGCCAGCGGCGGCACACAUCAUGAGACCGUUCAUCAGCCUGCUGACCGGCAAGGCCAAAAAAGUGGCAUGGGACGCGGAGUCCACAGAAGCGUUGGAGCAGGCCAAGGAGGCGCUGGCAAAGGCGGCCCUCCUAGUGCACCCAAGAGUCGAUGUACGCACAGCACUCACAGUCGACUCUUCCGACACAGUAGUUGGCAGAGUCCUGGAGCAGCUCAUCGAGGGCCAGUGGCGACCACUCGCUUUCUUCAGCCGCCACCUACGGCCAACAGAGUCGAAGUACAGAGCUUUCAACAGAGAGUUACUAGCACUCUACCCGCCUGUCCGGCAUUUCCGGUACUUCCUCGAGGGAAGGGAGUUCACCAUGUAUAUGGAGCACACCUUCGCACUGGCCAAGGUAUCGGACCAAUGGUCGGCUCGGCAGCAGAGGCACCUGUCCAUUAUUUCAGAAUUCACCUUAGCCAUCCACCACAUCGCAGGGAAGAACAAUGUCAUCGCAGACAUACUGUCUCACCCCUGCCUUCACUCAGUAGGCUUACAGUCCUCAGGAAUAGACUACGCAGUACUGGCAGAAGCACAACAGUCAGACACGGAGAUCACAGCUUACCGCACCGCCAUUUAAGGGCUCCAGUUGGAGGACGUCUCCAUCAGUCCGGCAGCGGUUGGACUCCUGUGUGAAGUGUCUACUGUUAUGAAUGUACGACAGCUCUGAGGGGCCGAAGGAGCAGGAGCAGCCCCCUCCUUCCGGAGAAUUGCAAGAUCGCUAUUAAUUCGGGUCUUGGACCCAGGAAGUGAGAGACAAUGCAACGGUUUUAGCCAUUGUUCUCAGAGGCACCUGUGUGACGUGCAUGUCCCUGCUACGUGACAGCUACCAUGGAUAUGGACACCCUCGGGCAAUAUGGGGGUGGGGAUUGCGUCCCCCUACUUUGAUGGACAUCUACAACUCUGCAAGUCAAGAUAAAAGGGGACUGCAGGAGGCAGUACCCCAGCGAUGCACCAGAAGGACACCCUCGCUCAGUGCUCCCAUGGCUGGAAGCCACUCAAUGCCACGUGCGCUCCUAACUCCUUUGCCUGGGGAGCAGGUGGCUGAUAAUACCGAGAAGGACUUCGAACUAACAACGGGGAAACAACGUUCCCCUGAUUUUACGGAGUGGCUUCAUAAAGACCCGGGCAAGUUUUUUUUCGUUUUUCACCGAUCCCUCUAAAACACGUGAAACCCAGCAAUUCCCCGAAAGGCUAAAGUCUGCAGACUUCUGAGUGACUUUUAUAUUUCCAACGGACAAAAUAUUAUCCCCUGGUCAACAGCUGAGAUUACUUCUUAAUGAUGAUUAUUACUAUACUCGCGCUUUAGAUUGAGUAUUGAUGACGUGCAUUAUCUGAAUGUUUGUAUUAACCUUAGUUUUGUGCCCCUUUAUAAAUAAAAACGUUUGAAAAUAGUGACAUCAGACUUCAACGGACCUCUCUAUCUUUGCUGGUAAGUUAUCCAGUUAAGGGAUACGUAACAACUUGGGUUUCUCGUCUCGGGAUUUGACACCAAAUUGGGAGGCCAGUGAAUUGGUCUUGUAAGUCCAAAACAUGAAUCUGGUUACGCGGGUAGCCAGACGGGAAACCAGUAAAGAUGGACGUGGGUGAAGUUAUGAAAAACCCGACUGUGGGGGCGCUAGAGGUGGCCACCAAAUCAGACUUGUUAAAUUUAGCGAAGGGGUUGAACCUCGCAGAAGUGAGGUCGUCCAUGAAAAAGCGGGAGGUGCGAAGGGCCAUAAUUCAGUAUUACUUUGGGAAGAAUGUGUUUGAAAAUGAGGUAUUGGAAGAUAUCGCUGAAAAGGUACCAUCAAGUGGGACGGUUCAGUUAGAGGUGGCGAAAUUAAGGUUGGAACGUGAAAUUAAGUUAAAAAAGCUGGAAGCAGCUGAGAGGCAAAGACGGCAUGAAAUUCAGCUAAAGGAGCUAGAAGCAGUCGAGAAAGAGAGGGAACUGGCCGAGAAAGAGAGGGAACGGGCCGAGAAAGAAAAACAGAGGCAGCAUGACCAAGAAAUUGAGAAGAUGAGGAACGAGUGAAGAGAUCAAGGGUUAGACCAAACGGAGCGGGUUAAUGUUAGUAGGGAGUUGAGAUUAGUGCCCCCGUUCGAGGAGACAGAUGUCGAUAGUUAUUUCUUGCUUUUUGAAAAGGUGGCAGUAAAUCAGAAGUGGCCAAAAGAGCAGUGGGUGGCAUUGUUACAAAGUGUGUUAAGGGGAAGGCCCAAUGAGCAUAUGCGGCGUUGUCCCUGGGGGAGGGAGACGUGGAGAAUUAUGCUGAAGUAAAGGAGGCCAUUCUCCAGACUUAUGAAUUGGUACCUGAGGCCUAUAGACAAAAGUUUAGAAAUUUAAGGAAAGGGUGUAAUCAAACAUAUACCGAGCUAGCCCAUGAGAAGGGGGUACUCUUGGACUGUUGGUGUACAGCGGAAAGGGUGGAUGAGGAUUAUGGGCGUCUCAGCGAGUUACUUUUGAUUGAGGAAUUUAAAAGUUGUGUUCCGGAGGAGAUCUGGAUGUAUUUGAAUGAGAAGCCGGAUAAGUCCAUUUCAGAAUUUGCUAGGUUUGCGGACGAAUAUGUCCUAACCCACAAGACAAAGACUUCCUUGAAUAAAGGUCCCCAGAGAGACCGUGGGAACGAUCGAGAAAGUCUGAUGAGUGAGGCAGAGGUCCCACCGGGAGCUAGCGAUAAGGUUGAGGGGGAAAGGCAAGAUGGCCAGAGGUUUCCGGGUUUGACCUGUUUUAAUUGUGGAAAGGAGGGGCACAUUACAUCUCGAUGCUUUGCUCCGAGAAAGGAGAUAUGAAGACGGAAAGCUGCAGUCCCUAUCGGGUGUGCCGUGGUAAUCAGUAAAUCGACCAGAGAGCUGAGGGUAGACAGAGUACGAGAAGGCUCUGAGAGUUGUCUGUCCCACGGAACCGUGUGUGACGGAGGGAGACACACCAGUUCCCGCACGAAUCUGGAGAGACACGGGGGCUGAACUGACUGAUUAGCCGUGAGGUAUUAGAAUUUGGUCAGAAAACAGGCAUGGUAAAGGUGGAAGGAAUAAAUAAAAGGAUAGAAAUGGUGUCCUUACAUAAAGUCAUUCUGGAUUUUGAGCUGGUGUAUGGAUCAGUUGAAAUAGGGGUGCCAUCAGAAUUCCCGAGAGCUGACGUGGACAUCCUGCUGGGAAACGACUUAGCAGGGGGUAAGGUUUGGUCAGCAAUGCUGCCGACCUGGCGACUGGCGAGUGUGGUGGCCCCGCCUCUAGCGCCCAAGGACUAUCUCGCAGGCACAGUCACUCGCAGCAUGUCGAGAGAGACAGCUGAGAAUGAGAGCAGUUUAAAUCUGGCCAGUUUUGAUUUGGCCGAGACGUCUUUGCUGACCCUGUGCCAUGCGGGUUUAGAGGGUGGUAAGACGAAGAGUAGUAAAGUGAAAGGGGGUAAGGGAGAGGAGAUAGAUCUGCCCUUAGCGAAAAGAAAGGUCCUAAAGGUAGGAAAUAACGAUGAGAAGCAGAUAAAGCUGUUAAAAGGUCCAGAGUUGGACAUGGAUGAUCUGUCUGCUUUGGCAGAGUUGUUUGAAGAACUUGAGAGUUCUAAAGGUGUUCCCGAUAAUGAGGUGAGGGCAAUCCUAGAUGGAAAGGGUAUGCUUGCCUCGAAGGAGUCUGCUGAAAAGGCCAAGGAGGUUGUUUCAGCUCGCAGGGUUGGCCCUCCCCGGGUGGGAGCUGCCCAGAGAGUAACUGGGAUGAUCGGGGGGAGUUAGAAUUUGGAAAAGGUACGGGUGUUGAAAGCCUGGAAGAGGCAAAUGUCCCGUUUGAGUGUGUCCGAGAUGGGGAUGCACGUGGUGCUGAACCUGGUAACGGAGCUCAGAAGAAGUUUGAGGUAUCUAAUUCAGUGGAACGGGGCAGCCGUCCUUGUUGGUCAGAUAGACUUGGUUCAGUGGGAAAAGGGUUAACCUUGGUAACCGGGGGAAGUGUGAGUUCCCCGGUGUUUGUACUCGAAGGUGGGUUCAAAGUUAAUGCAGAAUUUAAGAAUGGGGGGAUGAGGAUUGUUAUUGAAGGAAACGGAAAGUCUGUAGUUUCCAAAUGGAAGGAAGAAAUCUUAAACCUGGCAGAUCGCUCACAGAGUGAGCCGGGGGGUAGCGGGGCCCCCCACUCUAUUGUUAUGCCAGGAUGGAGUGUGAAGAGGCCGCCUUCGAAAUGCUACUUGAGUGAAGAGUUCGAAUCAAACACCAAUAGCCUGAAGGGGACUGAUAAAAGGGCCAGCCACCUGGGUAAAAUCAAAGAAUUGGGUGGAAAUGGUCUAAGUUUGGGGCAUGGUGUUGCUAAAUUAACCGCGAUGAACAAGGCUGGCGGGAGUUCACCAUGAAAAUUUGCUCAAGUUCCCCACGGGGGGGGGGGGGGGCUCGCCGAAAAAGAAGCGACGGUUAAUGGAGAUGCCAUUGUUAAACAGCCAAGCAGGUUGAACGGGUUUGCGCCAAAGCCUGUGAAUAAUAAAGGCAGCCCCUUUGGAGACCUGCCGGUUACGCAAAACGACUGAAACGAUCAGUAUUUGCAUAAACUUUUGUAAAUACACCUAAGCUAAGGACACACCUCCUUAGUUUUGUUGCGAAAGAAAAUAAAUAGGUGGUUAUUGAAUUGAAGUCUGAUGCUACAAGACAUUAGUACGGUACGCAAUGUUAAGAUAUUAAAGAAAGGGACACUGUAAUCGUUAACUAUUUAGAUACUGACUUGAAUGUAUAACGGUAGUAUUCUGUGAAGAGAAAAAGCUUGGGUAUUGUGUUAGAUUAAGAAUCCUGUAAGACACUUCAGCUCCAUUUUUAACCUCUGGUAAAAAAUGCU